AUGAGUGAGAAAGAUGAGGUGCAGUGUAGCAAGCUCCAGAAGUUGAUUUCUGAUGGUAUGACUGCUGUUUGUGCAGAAAAUAAUGAUGGAAGCUUACAAACAUCACAGCUUCAACCUUCGACAGCAACGGUUGAUAUUACUGAUGAUUUUUUUAUAGAAUGUAAAAAACUAAAUAAUGGAGAACUGGUAAUGGCCGAUGAUUUUCAACUCUCAGAGGCAAUGAGUGCAAUAGAACUUAUGGAUCCGAAGAUGGAUAUUGGAAUGAAACCUUUUGAUCCAUCGAUAGCUUUUGAGAGUUUAGUUGCUACUGGUCGCCUGAAUAUCACCAAUAUGGAUGAGCGGGAAAUGAUAGCGACAAUGGAUGCUAUGUUAGCUUCACUGAUUUCGUGGCUUGACGGCAAUUCCAUUGCACAAACGUUGCUGACAUGUGUUUUCUUAAAUCACAUGGAUUCGGUAACCGAUUCUGUGUUAUCAGCUUUUUCAUAUGGUGUCUUGGAGCUUACAACAGUUUUUCGUCAUAUUAUACAGAUGGCUUCUGUUUAUGAAGAAGAAGAUUUUAAUGGGUAUGCAGUACAACUUGAUCUGUUGCCGAUACCUAAAUUGACGAGCUCAUUGAAAGCGGCUGAAAUUGAUUUGCAAAGAAGAAUAAAACAAAAACCAGCCAAUCAGGAAUUAUUGGAUGCAGUGUUAUAUCGUAUACAGUUCAUUCGCCUUAUACUUCUUUCACUCAGCUUACUGGUUCAGUCUCCCACGAAUUCCUAUACCCGAUCAAAUUCCCACAAUUAUUUCAGGCCCAAUCUGGAGGAAUGUGCUCUACAUUUGAACAUUGUUUGUUUAUUAUUGGACAAGAUGGAAUCAACUAUGUCUUUGGGAUUACAAUCACCGGAAAAAGAUGAUGAAGAUUAUGCGUGGUUACCAGCAUUCGAACCUGAUAUAAACAGAAGGCAGUUACCGCCAACAUUCCCACGCAACACAAAGAUGAUAAAUCGAACUGAAACUAUGCGAUAUUUGAAAAAAAUUUGUUCCAAAAUUUCAUCUCUCACCACCGAGUUGCCAGCAAAAGUUUCUAAUAUUGAAGAUAUCACUGAUUAUUUACGGACUUUUAGCUUAGCAGACAGUUGUGUUUUAUCUCGUUCGCUGCUACAAAUGGUUCUAUUUCCUAGUGAUGACAAUAUUUUGGGACGUGUGCAACUUUCUACUGUUAUCGUUGAUUCAAUUCGCAUGUUUGCUGCACCACCAGUUCUUGAUUCAAUGAACCAAGCAUUUAGCGUAGAACAAUGUCACGAAUGCUGGGAAGAAUUUGUGAACGAUUCCGUGAGAGUUUUUCUUGGUGUAAUCCAAAUGUUUGGAUUGAAUCCAGCUAGACAACGCGAAAAAAUAGUUUGUUGUAUAGAGGAUUUUUCGACAUUGCAAGCUGAGGCUGAACGUGCGGAGAAUGCAUUUGAUUUGUACUGCGUCGGCCAAGAAUCAACGAUAAAUCUUUCGUUGACGUCUUUCGUAAUGUUGCAUACAUUAUCUCUUAUAAAAUAUCAUUUCUAUCUAUCGUUUUACCUCGAUCUCUUCUCCUCAUUUGAGUACUCGUAUGUUUAUUGGUAUUUAAGUGAAAUUAUAUUUAAGUGGUUAGUGAAUACAUUAGAUCGCUCUAUAACGCUCGUAGCUGCUGGCGAAAAAAGAAUGGCAAAAGUGCGGAAGAAAAGUGAUCGCAAAAAACUGUCGAAAUGUAAAAAAGAAAUUGAAAUGAAGAAGAAAGCUGCAGAAAAGCAGCGAUUCUUAUUGUUUUAUCGAGCACAAGCUAAAGUAGCGGAAGCAUUUUUUAUGGCAGCAGUUGCCUUGAUAGCAGCGGGUAAGAUUCGAAUGCCUUUAUCGGAUACGGAACAAUCUCGUUUCGAGCAUCGCAUGUCACCGUUUUCGUCCCUCAACUCUGUUACUUUUCGCAUUGCUCUUUUUGUCGAAUAUGCUCAGUAUAUUCACAUCUCAAGGAUAGAAUCGUUGCGAGCGCUUGGUGGAGCUAAAUGCUUCUCAAUUGCAGCAGAUGCGUUUGACUGGGCCCGAGGUGAGUUGGAAAGUUUAAGUGGUAAUGAUGAAAUCGCUCAGGAAGCUGCUGCUAUUGCCCGAAUAUGUAAAAAUAAUGCUGUUGUUUCGCGAAUAUUCUCUUCAGGCAGCAAAAAUGAGUCUCAGAUCGAUUUUAUAUUCAAUGGAGACUCAUCGUACAUGUAUCCUUUGCUCAAAAUUACUUGA